CAAUUCCUAGCGAAGACUACAACCGGUGGUCCGGGAGGAAAAAACGGUCUGUCACUCCGGUUAACACACUUUCUUCUGUAUCGCCGAUACCAACUGACUGCAACAGCAGCCGUUCACGUCACUUUAUCUCAAUUAACAGUCAGCCAUGGAUCAUCUGAUGGGAGGAGGAAUGCAGACACUGGUUUUGGUAGGUGUUGGAGCCUUACUUCUGUAUCGGAUAGUUGUCCGCCUCAGACCGGGUUCUGCUCUACAGGAUGCUGUUGUGGUCAUCACAGGAGCCAGCUCUGGACUAGGGAAAGAGUGUGCACGGGUUUUCCAUGCAGCAGGUGCACGGCUUGUGCUAUGUGGACGAGACACAGCACGCCUGCAACAUGUGGUCCAGGAGCUCGCUGCAAGUUCACCGGACCCACACCGCCAUACGCACACACCCAGAGUGGUCAUCUUCGACCUGGCUGAGGCGCACACAGUGGAUCGAGCUGCAGAGGAUAUCCUCAAGUGUUACGGACAGGUGGAUGUCCUCAUCAAUAAUGCUGGAAUCAGUUACCGUGGCAACAUCCUGGAUACUCACCUUUCAGUUCAGCGGGCUGUCAUGGAAACAAAUUAUUUUGGGCCAGUUGCUCUUACACAAGCUCUGCUCCCUUCCAUGAUUCACCAGCACAGUGGCCACAUCGUGGCCAUUAGCAGCGUCCAGGGCAAGAUAGCCAUCCCUUACAGAUCAGCAUAUGCUGCCUCCAAGCACGCCACCCAGGCCUACUUUGACUGCUUACGGGCAGAGAUGGAGCGCUGUGGAAUUCUAGUGACGGUAGUCAGUCCUGGUUACAUUCGAACCAACCUGUCUGUCAACGCCGUCACAGGAGACGGCUCCAAGUAUGGAGUUUUGGACAAGUCCACAGCAAUGGGGCAGGAGCCCACAGAUGUGGCUCGGGAGAUUCUGAAAGCUGUCCAGCAGAGGAGCAAAGAUAUUGUUUUGGCAGGACCACUGCCCACCUUGGCCAUUUACCUCCGCACGCUGUGGCCUGCCCUCUUCUUCAAACUAAUGUCAUCUCGUGCUCGCAAGGAGCAGAAACCUAAAACCGAAUGAACUGUGUCUCAAGCACAACAGCGACAAAAUGACCAAUCGACCAGAACAUACUCCAUGUGGAGCCCAAAUGGAUAUGAGAAGUGGAUUCUUCAGAUGCAUUUUUGCCAUAUUUUGCUUGCCAGGAGGGUUAAUACAAUGUAAUAGCAAUCCAGAACCCUGUGGUUGGUCUAAUAAUUGGUGUUAAUAGUUGUUGUUCCCCUCCGUUGUUUUCAUCUCCCAAAGUAGCACAUAACCAGGAAUAACUUCUUCACUUCCCAAAUGCCAUUCGCAAGAUUCGAACCUGCAAUUUACAAAAGCUCUGAUUAACAGACGGAAACUUUA